CGGUCAAAAUGGCGGUGGUGUUGAUGUGCGGGCGCCGGGAGCUUCUCCGCCUGCUACGGCCGCAGCGUCAGCUCCACAACGUCGCAGGGCCCUCACAGUGGCCCCGGAAACCACUGACCGCGGGGGUCCUGUUCCCAGCCGGCCGGUGCCCACACCAUGUGCUCCUCACGGUCCCUGGCCCCCGUGGCUUCAGUAUCUCUGCCAUUUCGUUUGCAGAAGCCCAGGUUCAGGCCCCUCCGGUCAUUCCUGCAACUCCCUCACCCACAGCAGUACCUGAGGUGGCUUCUGAAAAGAUUGCGGAUGUAGUCCAAGCUGCUGCAGAACAGAGCUUCACUGAACUGGGCCUGGGAUCAUAUACCCCAGUGGGAAUGAUCCAGAACCUACUGGAAUUUAUGCAUGUUAACCUGGGCCUACCCUGGUGGGGAGCCAUUGCUGUGUGUACCGUCCUUGCCCGCUGCCUGGUGUUUCCUCUCAUUGUGAAGGGCCAACGAGAGGCAGCCAAGAUCCACAACCACUUGCCAGAGAUCCAGAAGUUUUCCACUCGAAUCAGAGAGGCCAAGUUGGCAGGAGACAAUGCUGAGUUUUACAGGGCCUCCUCGGAGAUGACGUUGUAUCAGAAAAAGCAUGAUAUUAAACUCUUUAAACCUCUCAUUCUACCUCUGACUCAGGCACCGAUCUUCAUCUCCUUCUUCAUUGCCUUGAGAGAAAUGGCCAACCUUCCUGUGCCCAGCCUACAGACAGGUGGCCUGUGGUGGUUCCAGGAUCUCACACUAUCUGACCCCACCUACAUGUUACCACUGGUAGUCACUGCUACAAUGUGGGGUGUCCUUGAGCUAGGUGCUGAGACUGGUGUACAAAGUUCUGACCUUCAGUGGAUGAGAAAUGUUCUGAGAGUGAUGCCCCUGGCAGUCUUGCCCAUAACUAUCCAUUUCCCCUCGGCAGUGUUCAUCUAUUGGUUCUCCUCAAAUAUGUUUUCCCUGGGCCAAGUGGCUUGCCUCCGGAUUCCAGCUGUACGCUCUGUUCUUAAAAUCCCCCAGCGUGUUGUGCAUGACCCCAGCAAAUUACCUCCACGGGAAGGCUUCAUAGAGAGCUUCAAAAGAGGCUGGAAGAGCGCUGAAAUCAACCAUCGGAUACAAGAGCGUGAACGGCGCAUGCAGAAUCACUUGGACCUAGCAGCCAGAGGUCCUUUACGACAGACCUUUACCCACAACCCACUGCUACAGCAUGGGAAAAAUCCCCCUCCCAGCACCCCUAACAGCAGCUGCGACAAACCAAAGUCAAAGCAACCCUGGCGUGACACACUUGGCUGAAUUCUGUUCCCUGCUCAUACUGACGUUAAUUCUUGUUUCUCCAAAGACUCGGCCUUGGAACAAGACUUGAUGCUGGAUACUUGCCCCAGACCUAGAAACUGUGGGACAUGGAGGUGUUCGUUUUAAAAGUGGAUUACACUAUAAACUCUUACAUCUAAGUAUAAAAGAAUACUGGGGAGCAAAGUGAGCUUCCCAUGCACAGAAUCAGUAAACCUCUGUACUAUAUGUUGCUUCUUGAUACUUAUUAAAUGGGGAGAUGGAUUGUGUGCUUCAGAAAACUAAA